ACAGAAGUUUGCUGCAAAGUCAUCCUUCCACGAUGAGUCUCUCUGCCAAAGACAAAGAAGCCGUCAAAGCCCUUUGGGCCAAGAUCUCAGGAAAGGCUGAUGACGUUGGUCAUGAUGCUCUUUCUAGGAUGUUGGUGGUCUACCCCCAGACCAAAACCUAUUUCUCUCACUGGAAAGACCUGAGCCCCGGCUCUGCCCCAGUGAGGAAGCACGGAAAGACCGUGAUGAGCGGCGUUGCUGAGGCUGUCAGCAAAAUCGAUGACCUUACCUCUGGACUCCUGAACCUCAGUGAGCUUCAUGCUUUCCAGCUGCGUGUUGACCCCGCCAAUUUCAAGAUUCUGUCCCACAACAUCCUCGUGGUUCUGGCCACUCUUUUCCCCAACGAUUUCACUCCAGAGGCCCAUGUUGCUAUGGACAAGUUCCUCACUGCUGUGUCUCUGGCUCUGUCCGAGAAGUACAGAUAAGCGCAUGUUACUGUCUGUAAGUCGG